AUGGGAAUAAAAUACUUGAAAGAGAUUAAGAAACAUGAAAUUCAUGAUUUUAACGAUAAGCAUAAUCAUCAGUUGCAGCUUUCUGAAACAACCCACAUGCUUGCAUCUCAAUGCAAAUUAUCUGAAGUUCAAGCUCAUGAGAUUAACUUUGCAGAUGAUGCAGGAAUCAAGCAAAAGGCUUUAUUUGAGCUAAUGAGUAGGCAAGUUGGUGGUAGAGAGAAUCUUGGUUAUACACGUGUGAAUCAAAAGAAUUACCUUCACAUUAAAAGAUUGGGAAAUAUGGCUUACGGAGAGGCAAGCACUUUAUUACAACACUUUCAACAAAAGUGUAUACAAAAUCCAUCGUUUUACCAUGGAGUCCAAUUAGACAUUGAAGAACAAAUAACAAAUAUUUUUUGGACUGAUGCAAGAAUGAUAAUGGAUUAUGAAUACUUUGGUGAUGUAGUCACUCUUGACAUUACAUGUAGUACUAAUAAUACAUAUAGGCCUUUGGUUGUAUUUGCAGGAUUUAAUCAUUUCAGAGGGGUUGUAAUAUUUGGUGUUGCGCUUCUUUAUGAUGAAACUGCAUAA